CUGACUUCUGUUUGUAGUGUUUGUCAAGUUACUGACAAGUGACAACAAUUUUUCGCCGCGCAGUCAACCUACUGCUAGGUAAUGCAGGUUUUAUUUUAUUAAUUUGUGAAAGUGAAGUGUUUUUGUGUGGGAUUGAUAAAAUGAAUGUUGUUCUUUAAAAUCAACUGUGGCCUGUGAAAAUAUAUAAUCUACAAAAGAAUAUUCCGUAAGCAAUGACGAUGGACAAGCAGCUGGUGUGGGUCCGGGACCCGAACGAGGGGUUCAUCCUCGCCCGGCUGCAGGAGCUCAUGGGCGAGGAAGCAGAUGUGUUCCCUGUUGAUAAUAAGUACCCCAAGAGAGUGGUGAACUUUGACGAUAUAUUCCCUGCUGGUGAUCCCGUUAAAGAUGUUGAUGAUAACUGCGAACUGAUGUUCCUGAACGAAGCGACGUUGCUAAACAAUAUAGUGACACGGUACAAGAAAAGCAAGAUUUAUACAUAUGUCGCGAACAUUCUUCUUGCUGUGAACCCAUACGAAGAUAUUCCAGAUAUGUAUUCAUCAAACACAAUAAAAAAAUAUCAGGGCAAAUCUUUGGGUGAAUUGCCUCCACACGUGUUCGCUAUUGCUGACAAAGCAUUUCGCGAUAUGAAAUCUCUCAAGCAAUCGCAAUCCAUCAUAGUUUCCGGUGAAUCCGGAGCGGGUAAAACUGAAUCAACGAAAUAUAUCCUGAAGUACUUGUGUGACCUUUGGGCUAAGGGGGCUGGGCCAGUUGAACAGAAGAUUUUAGACGCCAAUCCGAUCCUAGAAGCGUUCGGCAACGCUAAAACAACACGCAACAACAACAGCUCGCGUUUCGGCAAGUUCAUGGAGGUGCACUUCAACAACAAGUACCACGUGGUCGGCGGGCACAUAUCGCAUUACCUUCUAGAAAAGUCUAGAAUAUGCACUCAAAGCGCAGAAGAGAGGAACUAUCACGUGUUCUAUUUGCUGUGUGCGGGCGCGCCGCAGGAGUUGCGUGCUGCGUUGAAGAUAACGAAACCGGAUGAUUAUUUAUAUUUGAAGAACGGAUGUACUCAAUAUUUUACGUCACCUCAAUCCGGGAAGAAAAUUAGCGCGAGUCAAAUGAGCAAACAGCACCAGACUAAGGGUGGUCUGCGGGAUCCUAUACUUGAUGAUGUAGAGGAUUUUCAGAGGUUACACCAGGCACUAUCACGCGUCGGUCUCACGGAGCAAGAGCAGAAGUCAGUGUACAGCGUGGUAGCGGCUGUAUUACACCUCGGUAACAUAGAGUUCGAGGAGGAGGGGGGCGCUAGAGGGGGCUGUAGAGUCUCCCCCCACUGUGAGAGCGCUCUACAAACUGCGGCCGAUCUGUUGGGGGUGGAGGGGGGAGAGCUGAGGAUGGCUCUAGUGUCGAGGCUGAUGCAGAGCUCUAGGGGCGGGAUUAAGGGAACUGCUAUUAUCCAACCGAUUUGGGUACCACUAAAAACAUACGAAGCGAUGAGCGCUCGCGACGCGCUUGCUAAAGCAGUGUACAGUCGUCUGUUCGAUUACAUCGUGCUUAGGAUCAACAACAGCAUUCCGUUCCAAGCGUCCUCCUAUUAUAUUGGAGUUCUAGAUAUCGCUGGGUUCGAAUACUUCCAAAUGAACAGCUUCGAGCAGUUCUGCAUCAACUACUGCAACGAGAAACUGCAGCAGUUCUUCAACGAGCGGAUACUGAAGAACGAGCAGGAGCUGUACCGCCGCGAGGGGCUCAAUGUGCCAGAGAUACGAUUUGUGGAUAACCAGGAUUGUAUUGAUCUCAUUGAAAGCAAGAACCAUGGUAUAUUUCACAUUCUGGAUGAGGAGUCAAAGCUGCCUAAGCCGGAAUUUGGCCACUUCACACACGCCAUCCACAAGGAACUGGGAACAAAUAAUAAUAGAUUGCAAGUGCCACGUGCGUCUCGUCUGAAAGCUCACCGCAUACUGCGGGAUGACGAAGGAUUCCUUUUGCGGCAUUUUGCAGGCGCCGUCUGUUACAAUACGAAUCAAUUCAUAGAUAAGAACAACGACGCUUUACACGCGUCUCUCGAAUUUCUGAUACAAGAAUCACGCAACUCGCUAGUACAGCAAUUGUUCCAAAACAGUGACAAUAAUAAUGCUAAAGGGAAACUGAACUUUAUAUCAGUGGGCGCUAAGUUCCAAACUCAGUUGUCGCAACUUAUGGACAAGUUGAAGGAAAAUGGCACAAACUUCGUGCGUUGUAUCAAGCCGAACUCCCGCAUGGUAGGCGGGGCUAUAGAAGGGUCUCUAGUACUAACCCAGUUGCAAUGUAGCGGGACUAUAGCAGUACUAGCGUUGAUGGAACACGGAUACCCUUCAAGGGCACCGUUUAACGAUCUAUACCAGAUGUACAGGGCUUUUCUACCGCCCAAACUUAAUGCUCUGUCGCCUAAGGUUUUCUGUCAGGCAAUAGUCCACAGCUUCGGCCUAUCAGACAAGGAUUACAAAUUCGGUGUAACCCGCGUAUUUUUCCGUCCCGGGAAAUAUUCCGAAUUCGAUACCAUGAUGAGGUCUGACCCGGAGAAUUUGAAAUCCAUAGUGGAUGCCGUUCUUGCGUGGUUGGUUAAGUCGAGAUGGAGGAGGGCUGUGUUUUCAGUACUGUCGACUAUUAAGUUGAAGAACAAGAUCCUAUACCGCCGUAAGUGUCUCAUAUUAGUACAAAAGACAAUUCGCGGGUACCUAGUGCGACGUCAGCACAAACCCCGGUACACGACCAUAGCUAAUAUAAAGGCUUUGGAACAUAACCUCAAGCAAAUGGACUCUGUUAUAUCGCAGCUUAAAGACGAAAAGGAUAAUGCUAAACGGAAUAUUGAGAACCUGAGAAAUGCUAUUAGGAACGCGUGUGCGGCUAUCAAGAGUAACGAAAAAAUAACUCGUUCGGAAAUCGAUCAGAUUUACAACAAGAUAACAAAGGAUGUUGAAACACAGAUGAGCGCUCUACAAAAAGCCAUGGUUGAUCAAAAGAACAGGGAAGAACAAGAGAGGUUGCGAAAACUCGAAGCGGAGAUGCGUUUAGCGGAAGAAGCAAAGAGGAAAGAGGCUGAGCGACUCAAACAAGAGGAGGAGAACAGGAGGCUGAAAGCAGAAAUAGAAGCACGCAGGAAGUUGGAGGAAGCUGAACGGGCGCGUCUAGAGGAACAAGACAGGAUUGCGGCUAUGCAGUUACAGCAACAGCUCGAACAAGCUGCGAGACAAGAUUUGGAGAGCCGCGAAAGAUUAGAACAAGAGCGCCGUGAUCACGAAAUGGCCGUGCGACUCGCGAAGGAGACCAAUGGCCACGUAGAAGGGUCUCCACCGCAGUUGAGAAGUUUCCCAACAAUGGACUCAGUGAACGGAGAAAAUAAAUUGAACAGGUCGGAACGAGUUCGCAUGCAGCAAGCGAUGCAGGGCAAGCAAAAGUACGACCUGUCUAAGUGGAAGUAUUCAGAGCUACGGGACACUAUCAAUACGUCGUGUGAUAUUGAAUUGUUGGAGGCCUGUCGGCACGAGUUCCACCGUCGGCUGAAGGUGUACCACGCGUGGAAGGCGAAGAACGCGCGCAAGAGCACCAUGGCCGACCAGGAGCGGGCACCGCAGUCCAUCAUGGAUGCCGCGAAGAGCCCGCGAGUGGCGCAGCGAGGCGAGGUCCUGGGCGCGCGGCACCGCUACUUCCGCAUCCCGUUCGUGCGCGCGGGCGACAGCGCGGCCGACAAGCGCGGCUGGUGGUACGCGCACUUCGACGGCCAGUACGUGGCGCGCCAGAUGGAGCUGCACGCCGACAAGACGCCCGUGCUGCUGCAGGCCGGUAUCGACGACAUGCAAAUGUGCGAGCUGAGCCUGGACGAGACGGGGCUGACACGCAAGCGCGGCGCGGAGGUGCUCGAGCACGAGUUCGAGCGCGAGUGGGCACGUCAUGGCGGCCCGCCCUACCGCCCCUCGCACUAGGCAAUUACAACGACAAGAACACCAUCAAGAAGAGUAUUAAAACAUAAGUUAUUAUAAAAACGUAGCGCUUUCAACUGUGCCUUCAAAGGUAGAUAGUGCAAUAUGUUGGUCCGCAGUGACUGUGAUCAUACAAGUACACAACUUAGACGUAAUUUACGUAAACGAAACUAUUUAUCAACAGAUUGUAUGGAAUUUUGUGAUUUUCAACGUAGCAAUCGAUUUAUUGUGACUUGUUUACAUUUAGGCAAAAAUAUAUUAUCCAUCAUUAGUAGAGUUUUAAAUUUUAUUAAUUUAUGUAGACGUUAGCAAAUAGAGAACGAAUAAAUUUAUAUAAACUUUAGGUCAAUAUAGUAUUAUUUCAGUUUUAUGGUUGUAAAAGAUGAUGUGCGAUUUAUUUUAGAUUGAAAUUUAUUAGUACAUAAUUCUUGGCAUUCCUAAAAAAACAUUUCAAUGUAAUCAUAAUUAGGAAGUAUUAUCAUACACUUAGUAAACUUUUUGUCUAGUAUAUUAGACGGCUUACUUAAUUUAUUUCGAUCUACCUUAUUGUAUGUGAAGGUCAGAUAAAAAAAAAUCAACUUACAACAUGUGAUCCAAUUUUUGCCUUAUAUUUAAAAAUUUAUGUGAUUCCAACUACUUACAUAUCUAAUUGACAUUUUAUAUAAAAAUAUUGUUUAAUUAUAAUUAUCAUAUAUUCACAAAGUAUAUGGACGAAAUAAUUUAAAAUACUUGUGUGCAUUAUUUAAUAGUGUAUAAGAAAUAUAGAAAAGUGGAGAUUUAUAAAAUAUAAAUUAAAUAUAUGAAUGAAAUAACGUUUAAUACUACAGCUAUAAUAUUUUAAUGAAAUUUUCGGUACUUUUUUUCAAUAAUUUAUUUUCUAACUAUUUCAAACUAUUUACUCUCAUUCAGUGUCUAAAACUAUUGUAUAUUUCUAAUCGAGACAUUCCUAUCCAACUUUAAGACUGGGGAUGCAGCUUUGUAUCAAAAUUAUACAAUUUUUCAGUAUUUUACAUAUGCAUUUUUAACAGUAUUGAGUACAUUCCUACCAGACCUUGGCAGUUUUUUUAAUAAUAUAGCGUAAGGUUUGUAAACUUAGUACAAUAAUAUAUGAGUGCCUUUUAUGCCGUGAAGUACAUGAAUUUGUGUUAUGCUUUACCAAAUAAAUAUAGGAUUGUA